AUGGCGGGUGGAAGCGAUGCUGGGACGGAGAUAUCUGGGCUUGUCAAUACUCUACAGGGUCAUGUCGAUGAUAUCCGAAGUCAACUACAAUGUGGUAUCUGCAUCCGUCCACUCUACGAGCCCUUCACCCUUGCCUGCGGCCAUACUUUCUGCUACUCGUGCUUGGACUCCUGGUUCGCCGGGGGAAAAUCGAAAAGAACAUGUCCAGAUUGCCGAGCACCCGUCAAAACACAACCUGCGCCGGCAUACCUAGUACGGACAGUGGUACAGAUGUUCACGAGCCGCGCGGAACUCCUCGAUAAAGGAGAAACUACAGCAGAGCACUUAAAACAUCGAGAAGAGGAAUGUGAGAGACUGGAUAAAGAUAAAGCAAAUAUGGAUGCGGAACACGGAGGUCUUUUCAGAGGCCUGUUCAAAGAAAGACCACCACCUCUGCAACCUGUUGUCGAUCUGGAUGAUGGAGUCAUGCGUUGUCCAAUAUGCAGCUGGGAGCUUGAUGAGGAGGAGAUUUGCGCGGGUUGCGGAUAUGAAUACCAGGGAGGUUCGGACGGAACAGACUACACGGACGAAGACUCAGACCCAACUGGCACAGAAAACCAUGACUCAAUCAUAGACGACGAAGCCGAUGUUGAUAAUGAUGACGGGUUUGGGGACAUCGAGGAUGACGAUGAGGUUUGGGGAACAUUUGCGCUCCCAGGCUCUUUUCCGCGGGGCCUCGCAGCCCCAAAUCCUUCUGGGAUAGCGUGGCACGAUGGCUUCCCUCCAUUCUACCAUCCGGGUGCUCCAUGGCCGCCCAUGGGGUAUGGACAUGCUCCACCUCCCGGCGUCAUACUUACCGAUCCGAGCGAAUAUGACGAACACUACAUCGACGAAGAGAACGAGUACGAUGAACAAGAUUCAUUCAUCGACGACGAGGAGCAUGUGGACCGCGAAGACGAUGGCUCUCAGUCUGAAAACUCGACAGUGAUGGCACCUACUUGGCAAACUGGGAAUUCACGAAGACCCAUCAUUCUUGACGAAACCAUCAUAAGUGACGAAGAUGAAGAUGAAGAUGAGGAAGAGGACGAAGAAGACAGCGUGGUCCGACGACCUCAUCGUCGUCCUACUGCAAACUUUGUAUGGGAUGACGACUCUGAAGAAGAGGAGGAAGCAGAAGCGGAAGAGGAUGAUAUGGACGAGGAUGAAAUUCGUCUCAUGGAGCCCCGAGGACCAUGGGGAAUACCCGUUUCACAUGGAGACACAUAUCACGACGCACCAUCGUCUCCAACUCACACCGAGGAUACUGAUGAAGGAGAAAACCCAGAAAUCGAUCCCGCCCCUGGGCGCCGACGCUACCAAAACGUGGUUGAGGACUCCGAGGAGAGCGAAUCGUCAGAUUCGAGUUCCCUACCACCACGUAGGCGGCCGGCAGGAAGUACAGGCGUCACUUUUGGAAAUGCGAUUACCAUCGACGACGACUCUGAAGAAGAACAACCAGUUGGCCCCGUCAGAAGACAAGUACAAAGACGGCAACCCAGGUACUCACCUUAUUAA